AUGUCUCGCGGCGGAUCCGGAUACACGCUGGAAAAUCUCCCUUCUCUCGGACGAGCAGCCAUGUUCAACGGCUACGACUGGCACGGACGACGAAUCGAAGUUCGCGAGGACAAAUUCGGCCCUCCCGCAGGAGGUCAACGCCCAGCCCAGGCCGGCUCUUCAUCCAGAUAUGAGCCAUCGCGUGACCAUGGCCGCGGAGGCGAUAGCUACGGUUAUAGCAGCAGCAGCCAGAGAGGUUACCGCGAUGAGGGAAGCCGCCGGGAUCAUCAUGGUCAUGAUAUUUACGACGGCGCAGGAGGUGCAUCCCAGUCUAUUCCCUCAGGCCCAGCCGCAGGAUCAGGCGACCAGAUUUAUGUUCGCAACUUGCCUUUGACAACAACGAGCCAAGAUCUUAAGGAUCUGUUCAGGACAUGUGGACCUAUUAGGAUGGCCGAGAUGCUGGAGUCUGGAGGACGCUCCAAGGGCUCUGGCGUUGUCCGCUUCGAUCUUUUUGAGUCGGCCGACAAGGCUGUUGCCAAGUUCAAUGGAUAUGUCUACGGUGGUCGCCCACUGGAGAUCGUCUAUGACCGCGCCUAA